UUUUACUUUAAUUAUUAAUUUUUUAAAUUUAAGGACACCUGAUGGAUUUUCUGAUAUUGAAAUGUUUGCUAUUCACCCCGCUGAGAGAUUGCUCAAGUUCAAAGUGAUUGUCUGUACAAUGAUGGCUUCUACUUAUUUAAUGCUUGGCUAUGUUUCAUCAAAAUUCUCGCAUAUUAUAAUUGAUGAAGCUGGUCAGGCAAGUGAACUUGAAACUCUUGUUCCGAUGGUUGGAGUGAUUGGAGAAAGGAACGAUUGUAAAAUCAUUUUGGCUGGGGAUCAUAAACAACUUGGUCCCGUUGAAAAUGUGGAUUACUUUCGAAGGAAUAAAUUUAAUAAUUCUUUAAUUGAACGACUUCAAACUGUUGAAUGCUACAAAGAUGAUGAACGUAUUAUGACUUUUCUUCGUAAGAAUUAUCGCUCACAUGAGGCAAUAAUUAAAGUGCCUUCACGUCUUUGCUAUAAUAAUUUAUUGGUUGCCGCUGAGGAUGCCUUACCACGAGAUAAACUUGCUAAUUGGGAAGGACUUCCAGCAAAGGGGUUUCCGUUGCUUUGGCACCAUAUUGACUCCCCAGAAAAAUGUGAAGAUAAAGGGACUUCAUAUAUGAAUUUUGGUGAAUUGGAAUUGGUUCUUGUUUAUGUGAAGAGAAUUAUCAAUGAAUUAAAUGUAAAACCUGUUGAUAUUGGAAUAAUUAGUCCAUACACAUAUCAGGUUGACUUAAAAAAUAUUUUUUAA